AUGGAGUUUACUCCAGUGAGAACCUUCGAUGGAAAACGUCUAAUGAAUCACCUUAUUCUCGCCACUGAAGUCACGGACAGGGAGUUCUGUGGUGCCCGAUGCUUUCUGGAAGAAAACUGCGCGUCUUACAAUUUAAUGACGGGGAGUGAGGCUGAAAACCACAUAUGCGAAUUGAAUAACGCUACUCAUGAAGGACAUGAAAGUGAUUUGGUGAAUUAUUCUGGUUCUAUUUACCGCGCAGCUCAGGACGCAUGCGCCAAUGAUCCUUGCAACAGAAGAGGGACCUGUCAAGUAGGGUUCACACAGAAAGACUAUCGCUGUGUGUGUUCCUUAGGAUUUACAGGUCAGGAUUGUCUUAGUGAUAUUGAUGAAUGCUCUGAAGGAACUCACAGUUGCGACAUAAAUGCUGAUUGUUCCAACACCGACGGUUCUUACGAAUGUAUUUGUAAUCCAGGAUUCCACGGAGACGGAAGGAAUUGUGAAGAUAUUGACGAGUGUGCCACAAAUACACACUCCUGUAGUGCAGAUCAUUUGUGUAACAAUACUGAUGGAUCAUUCAGUUGCACUUCAUUCACGUGCAAGGAGAUCUACGACAGAAACCCACAAAGUGAAAACAAAGCAUAUGACCUUGUUGCUGGACCUGAGAAGAUUCCCAUUUACUGUAUCAUGAGAGCUACCGGCAUGGGACCUUGUGGAGGAGGAGGCUGGACACUUGUUAUGAAAAUGAACGGAACAGAGCAAACCUUCCAUUAUGAUGCUAGUAUUUGGACCAACAAGGUGGCCUUCAACCUGGAAGGAGGUGAGACGGGUCUUGAUGGCCAAGAGACUAAGCUACCGACCUACUGGAACACAUCAUUUUCCAAAAUCUGCGUCGGUAUGAAGGUCCCGGGAGAGGUUGACACAAGAUUUAUUGUUAUUCUCCAAACGGCCGAGUCUUUGUAUUCAUUGAUCGCUGACGGCCAAUACCGCCCAACUACAUCUGGAAAAGACGCGUGGAAAAGCUUGGUUAGCCCUCCAGGUCGUUUACAGGCGAAUUGUAACAAAGAAGGAUUUAACACAUCUGGGGACAACACAGGAAGUGCAGGCAGAGCUCGAGCAAGGCUUGGUAUUCUCGGUAACGGGGAAGAUGAUUGUUAUACUUGUGAUUCCAGAAUCGGAUUUGGCACUGGGGGAGCUUUGGAUGAUUCUAUCACGUGUGGCAACGCGCACGGGUAUAACUUAAAGGUUAAAACAAUGGGUUACAUCUUCGUUCAGUAA